UCUGUGCUUCUGUGAAGUACAUACAUACUGCUGCCUUCUAUAAGUUUACACUUUACAGUUUACACUUCAAAACUUAAAAGUAUUAAAUAUAUACAUAACAAAAAUAAUAUUGAAAUGAAAUGAUUUCUAUUUAAGUAAACGGCGAAAUGAUUCCAUAAGUGCAUGAUUCCAUAUUGCUGUGGCGUGAGAAACGAUGACUACUUGAAAUCGCGGACUGUGAUGACGAAUUACCUAUGUAUUAUCGAUGUGACUGUGUUAAAUAAAUUAUAGCAUAAUUUUGGUACAUCAAAUAAAAAUGUUAAGAUUCCUCAGUAGAAAAGGGAGAUCAUCCAGCCAGACUCGAAAGAAACAGAGUCAGAAAAAUGCAACAAACAAAAACUUAAUUCAAUGCAAGGUAAUGUUACUUGAUGAUACUGAUUUAACAAUAAAUCUAACAAAAAAAGCUAGUGCUGCCGAUUUAUAUGAACAGGUCUUUUACUCCUUGGACUUAAUUGAAAAGGAUUACUUUGGACUACAAUUUACAGAUACAAAUAAUGUUCAACAUUGGCUGGAUCCAACUAAAACAAUUAAAAAGCAGGUUAAAAUUGGACCUCCCUAUACUUUGAGGCUUAAAGUUAAAUUUUACUCUUCCGAACCAAAUAAUUUAAGAGAAGAAUUAACUAGGUAUCAGUUUUUCUUGCAACUAAAGAAAGAUGUCCUUGAAAGCAAAUUGGAAUGUCCUCAUACAACUGCUGUUGAGCUAUCUGCACUAGCUUUGCAGUCUGAGUUGGGAGAUUAUGAUGAAACAAUACAUACACCAGCAACUGUAUCUGAAUUUCGUUUUGUACCUAAUCAGUCUGAAGAAAUGGAAAUAGAAAUUUUAGAUGAGUACAAAAAAUGCAAAGGCCUCACUCCUGCCCAGGCCGAAGUCAGUUAUCUUAAUAAAGUUAAGUGGCUUGAGAUGUAUGGUGUUGAUAUGCAUAUAGUAUUGGGAAAAGACGGCUGUGAAUACCAUUUGGGCCUUACUCCCACUGGCAUACUUGUUUUUGAAGGCCCACAAAAAAUAGGUCUUUUCUUCUGGCCCAAAAUAACUAAAUUAAAUUUUAAAAAGAAAAAACUAACAUUGGUGGUUGUUGAGGAUGAUGACCAGGGACGAGAACAGGAACAUACAUUUGUAUUUCGGCUUCAUAAUGAAAAAGCUUGUAAGCAUUUGUGGAAAUGUGCCGUCCAGUAUCACACAUUCUUUCGUUUACGCGCCCCAGUCAAAGGACCAUCAGCGCGGCAGAACUUCUUUAGAAUGGGAUCACGCUUCCAAUAUUCAGGAAAAACGGAAUAUCAGACUACUCAACAAAAUCGUGCACGCCGUACUGUACAAUUUGAGAGGCGGCCUAGCCAACGUUUUGCCAGAAGGCAGAGUCAUGUUCUGCGAGAGAGAGAGAAGCAAGUCACUCCUAAGACCGAAAUUGCGCCUCAAACAGAGGCUUCAGAAACGGUGCCUAGUACAUCCACAGCAGAAGCCCCUACUCUAACAACCACGACAAUCGAAAGUGCUCCUGUUACUAAUACUGAAACUGCCAUUGAACCUUUUACCAGAAAAGGUAGUGCUGAAUCCCAGAAGUCUGUAGAAAUCAAAGAAGAAGAGAUUGAAGAAAAAGAAGAAAAAGACCCGAAUGAACCUGAGGUAGAGCCUUGGUUGUAUACCCUGGUCUUUAGACACUGUAGAAGUUUAGAUAUGAAAACUUCACAGGGUUUUCAAAAAACCGCGAAUCCCCUGUGGAUACGUCCAGCGAUCUCGUUUACAUUUGAUUCUGUAAAUGAAAAGCAAUCAAAAGUUGAUUUACCAACUUAAAUAGGUGGCUCAAGAAAUAGGAACUUUUUCGUCCGUCGCGUAGCUAUGAAAUUUUUACUUGCAAUAUUAAUGAUUAUUUACUUCGAACUUUAGCUUAAUAAUAAUUACUGUGUCAUCACAACGAUCAAAUCAGAAUAAUGCUUUUAUUCUCCAAGUAAACAACUUAGUUUAAUUUACCGAACAGAAAGAUUUAUGUUUGUUGUUUAUUAUAAAUUACUCAUGAAAACUUCUAAUUGACACUGAAGCUUGAUUAGCGUUGAUAAAAAUAACAAACUGUAUAUAGAAAACGAAUAUCGAUUGUGCUGGUCGAAAGCUUUACAAGUUAUUACGACAAUAAUUUUGAAUGAAAGAAUCAAUAUCUUAUAUUAAAAACAAUUUCGAUAUUAUGAAUAUAGUUUAGUUAUGUGGGUGACUAAAUUAUUAUUACAAACUGUUGAUAUGUCAUAGAAAUGUUGCUAUAUUAUGGUCUGAUCUGAUUACUCGAAAUAUAAAAAAAACAAAGUUAAUUUGCGAUUUGGUGAUAGUUAUUUUCCAGAUGGGUUUAACCAUAGAUUAGCAUUUGAAAUUGGUAACUUGAUAUCACGAGAUAGGCAUAACACCACUCUGUGGUACCUCCCCCUUCAUAUACUCCUACGUUUAUUUGUAUGAGGCAUAGAAUGUUAACAAAUCAGUGUCGAAAUGAAUACAAUUUUUUUUAACUUUGAACAUGAAAUUUUUAAAAAUAUACAUAUAAUAAUGAUAGUCCUAAACUACUUAUUGUACUUAUCACAUGCAUUCAUAUAAUGUAAGUAAAAUUCCAAAUCACAUUCCAUUUAAUCAUUACUUAAUGUAGUAUUAAACUGAACCGUCCCUGCUAACAUAUCGAGACUUGAUGUAUUAUUCUAUUGAAUGUAAUUGAGUACAAUAUUCAGUAUUAAAAACUAACGAAUAUUUUGGGUGCCAUAGCACAUUAUUUGUGUUCAAGACUAAUUUUACAAAGUACAUUAAAAAACAAAUAGCAAAUUUCUAUUGAACUGACAAUUUAUUUGUUUUAGAAUGUUUGUUGCAGGGUUUCUGUUUUUUUUAACUCUGAUUUUAAAUUAUAUAAAUGUAACCAAAACAUCAAGGAGAUAAUCAGACUUUAAUAUGAAACCCAAGUUCAGCAUUACAUGUGUACAUUCGUUUUAUUUGUAUUAGUAAAUAAGUUAUCUUUAAACCUAUACAAGUGCCCGAGUACUUAAAAGGAAAAAUAAAGAAAUUAUAUAAUGUUUUAUAGUUAGAGAUUUUACUUAAAAUGGUGCUUAAAAUUUAUAAAAAUAUAUUCAUAUUAUACAAUUAUACCUGUUGACAUAUGUAAGUAAAAAAAUGUAAUACUUAUGAAUUUAUUGGCCUUAUGAGAUUUAAAAUUGGGUAUGUUUUUAGCUGUGACCCAAACCAUAGAUAAUGUUAUUUUAUCUUUGGUCAUGAAAAACAUUUAAUUUAUUAUAAAUGAAACAUAAUUGACCUGUGGGACUUUUAAUGAAGUUUUUUACAUUUAAUAAAUCUGUGUGAUUUGUUAUAUUAAGCCAAAUCAAGUUUGGGUUAUAUGAUGUAUUUUAUUAAUUUAAACAUUAUGAAUUAUAAUAGGUAUUACAAGAAAUAUAACAUGACAUUCAAUUUAAAUGUUAAGUUUUAAGAAUUAAUUAUUCUUCUGAUGUAUAAUUUCUUACUUGUAUAAUUAUAUUUUAUCUUACAUUUAAGUUAUAUUACUAUUGUAACAAUAUCUCAAAUGAAAUAAAGAUUUUAAUUAUA